AUGAUCGGAAAGAGAAAGACAAAAGACAUUCAGUUCUACCGCGAGGCCACUGAGAUGCAAUUCGAUGAAACUGGAAACCGUCGCCGCAAGCACCGCUAUGGGGACGAGGAAGAGUUUGAGGCCGAGCAAGAGGAGAGACGGCGACGAGCUGCGUUGGACCGUGAGUUCAAGGCCUUUGCAGAGAAGGUCGCAGACGCCGGCAAAGACGAAGGUGUGGAUGUCGAUAUUCCAUUCAGGGAGAUUGGGUUUACCGGAGUUCCAAACCGCUCAAAUGUGUUGAUUCAACCGACCACCGAUGCCUUGGUUCAGCUUACUGAACCUCCUUUCACGGUGGUCACGUUGAAUGAGAUUGAGAUUGCUCAUCUGGAGAGAGUACAGUUCGGACUCAAAAACUUCGAUCUUGUGUUCGUUUUCAAGGAUUUCCGCAGGACCCCAGUGCAUAUCAACACUAUUCCCGUCGAAGCACUAGAAGGUGUCAAGGACUGGCUUGACUCUGUUGACAUCGCCUUCACCGAGGGCCCACUGAACCUGAACUGGACUACAAUCAUGAAAACGGUUGUUAGUGAUCCGUACGGCUUCUUUGCUGAUGGCGGCUGGUCUUUCUUGUCCGCCGAGUCGGACUCCGAGAACGGUUCGGACGAGGAAGAAGAGUCUGCUUUCGAGCUGUCCGAUUCGGAGCUUGCAGCUGGAGACGAGAGCUCCGAGGAAGACAGCGAAUUUGACGACGACGCCAGUGCUGAUGCCAGUGAAGAAGAGUUCAGUGGUGACGAGGAGAGUGGCGAGGACUGGGACGAGCUUGAGGAAAAGGCGAAACGCAAGGACAAGGAGACCAACAUCGAAGACGACCGUGGAACCAAACGCAAGCGCUAA